AUGGCGGCCAUCAUGGUGGUUGCCAGUGCCCAGAACACCCGCUUGGUCCAGAAGGGAUUGAUUCACCCGGAUCAAGCCUGUGCCGUACCCGGGAGGAGGAUCACCGACAGCCUCGUACUGAUCCGAGACACCAUCUGUUAUGCGAGAGACAGAAACAUUCGGCUAGUAGUCCUAAAUUUAGACUUCGAGAAAGCCUUCGAUCGCCUCUCGCACCAGUACCUCUUUGAGGUGCUGCGAAAAGUGGGUUUACCUGACAGGAGAGCGAUUUUAAACCUGGAGAGGGCGGUGUUUUAUUUCAUCUGGGGCUCCAAGUGGGAGCGGGUGAGGAGGGAGGUCCUGAAGAAGCCAAAGGAGAAAGGAGGCAAAGGCGUGCCGGACCUCCCUCUGUUCCUUGGAGCCCGCUUCACCGCCCUUCACCUCGCUCUGGCGACGAGCCCAUCCAGAAACCCCAAAACAACUGCUUUUACAAGAUUCUGGAUGGGCUCCUUUUUAAGAAGGAAAAAGUUUUUACCCAUUGACCUAAGAGUCCCUGUGUCUUUUAACCUGCCCUUGUUUUAUGCUUUUAUCCCGACCUUUUUAAAGCGUUUUAACUUGGAGCAGGAGGAGUUGCAGGUUUUAACCAAACACCGUCUUUUAAUCUCCUGUGUGCAGGGGCGGGAACCAGUGAGUUCGGUGCGCGGGCUCGCAAUCGGCGAGCCCUCACAGGUGUGGCGCAACGUGAACCAUCCUGCUCUGCCAAACAGACUCCGGGACCUGUCCUGGAUGGUGGCUCAUGAGGUCCUCCCAGUCAGGUCCGUCAUGCACUCCCGGGGCCUCUUACAGUCCGCGACCUGUCCCCGGCCGGGUUGUGGCGCGCCCGAGUCGGUGAGACACUUGCUCUGGGAGUGCAGCGCCGCCGUCGACCAGUGGGCAAUAGCCGGCUCCUUGCAAUUCCCGUACCUACCAGCAGGGGAGGUCCUCACAGCACAGCUGAUGCUGUACGGGGUGGGCCUAAGUCCGAAUUCAAAAAAGGACUUCACAAGAAUCUGGCUCACCCUCGCCGCCACCAAAGACGCCACAUGGACCUCCAGAAACCUGCUGGUAGGAAGGCACAUGCAGAUUCCCCCCGUGGCUGUGAUCCGGAUGGCAGCGGCCACAGUCCGAGAGGCUGUGGCUGCAGGCGGCGGGCCCUAG